AGUGAAAUGCAUUUUUGUCUAUUUGCAAGUCGCUAGCGGCCUCAAAUGCUCAUAAAAUAGUAAAAGCGUAGAUGUAGAUGUGGUGGGAAUUCUUGGAUCAUGCAACCGUGAGGGCUUCAGCGCAGUCUUCAUCCGAAGUCGGAGCCACCGUUGAAGCUACAGAAGGAGUCAUAGUCGGAGACGUCGAGGUACUCGAAGCUGUCGUCUUGCACGCGGCCAAGUGCGAGCUCUGCGGUGUGCUGAAAGUCAUGCAGAAGCGGCACUGGAUAUUUCCACUAAAGCAACCAAUGCCGCCGGCGGAGGGACAAUCCAGGGCUUCUUCUCCUGAAAUGCCGACGCUCUUGUCGCCGGAGGACACCUGGUCGGCGCACGACGCGGCCGUCGCGACUUGAACCCCGGUCCAGACCCAAAGCAGCACUAACCCGGUGAUCUGGAGCACGCGCAUCUUGAUCCCGGAGCUCUGGCUGGAAGCCGGGCAAAUAAACAAUGCUUGGGCUCUUAAGUACACACGUACCAUGCAUGACCCGCGGAGAGCCUAAAGAUAUCGGAUACCCGUCAUCAGACCACCAAGACGAGGCGUGGCUCCUAAAGAUAUCGGCGAGCACAUUCGGGCACCUUCAACUUCAAUUGUCAAUUCUCCUUUUCAGCGCUGAGCUUGUUACGUUCAUCAUGGCAAACAUGGCAAUCACAUCCAUUUCGUCUGUCCUAGUAGUUCAGAGAACGCUGCGCCAUGACGGCUACGAUGAAACUGGCAUUGGGCGUGCGUUUCCCUACAACUGGUUGAUCAGCUUUGUGGUCCGCCCUCACGUACACAACGGCCAUCACUGGUACUAUUCGGAUGCCAUGUUAUUAUUGCCAAUGUAUACUUCUGGAUGUCUGCGCGGCGACGAAACGUCUGUCAACGUCAAAGGGGCCAGUAAAGCAUGCGUGCAGCACUCAAAGCAGCCAGCUUGAAUGCUUCUGAGACGACCGUCUAAACAUCUUUGAUCGCUGGCCGGCACCGGAAGAGACGCUAUCAGAUCUCGAUCGUCUCCUCCGUCCGCAGUGCUUGGUGUCGUCAAACAGGACCAUGAACAACCUAGAGAACUCCUUCAUCGCCGGUGCCGGCGCCUACGUCAAAGGCAAGUAUGCUAUCACAUCUACAGGGGUCGUCCGAAAAGGAACAGGUCGCGCCUUCAGCGUCGUCCCGGAAGAACUGGAAUGGGGCGGACAGGUAAUCGGUCGCGGCGCCAGCGGAUGCGUACUGAUCUCGCGCCACCGACCGACCAACACGCCGUUGGCGCUUAAAAUGAUCAACAUGUACGACAAGACCAAACGCGAACAGAUUAUCCGGGAGAUCAACGCGCUGUUCGACGCGAAAUGUCCGUGUCUCGUGACUUUCUUCGGCGCGUUCCUACGUGACGGUGCCGUGGUGCUCGCUCUGGAAUAUAUGGACGGCGGUUCAUUGGAAAAUGUAAUUCACCAGCUCGGUACCAUCCCAGAGCAUGUCCUGGCCAGUGUGGCCUACCAGAUCCUCCACGCACUGUCAUAUCUCAAGACUAACAAGCGUGUCCACCGCGAUAUCAAGCCGCCUAACAUCUUGCUCAACAGUCAGGGUCAAGUCAAACUUUCGGACUUCGGUAUCGCCUCCGAGCUCGGCAACUCCAUCGCCAUGUGCGGCACAUUCGUAGGCACCUUCCGAUACAUGUCGCCUGAGCGUAUUCAGCACACGCAGUACAGCUACAGCUCGGACAUCUGGAGUCUCGGUCUCGUGCUCAUGGAGGCCGCUACGGGCGUCUACCCGUACCCGAAGCACAAGUCGUGUAUCGAUAUGCUACAGAGCGUACUGGAAGCACCGCCGCCAGCACUCUCACCGCAGUACUUUUCACAGGACUUCUGCGACUUCCUACACCACUGUCUUCAAAAGAACCCACUCGACCGCGCUUCAGCUGAUACCCUGCUUGAGUCACCUUGGUUACAGCGCUGCGGUGCCGUCAGUAAGUCCAAGGAUUUUCUGUCCACAUAUCUGUUGAUACUAACUGUUCUUCUUCAGAUCUUGAGAGUGCGAUCGCUAAUGUGCGGCAUUGGAUCGACUCGCUACAAUAAUGUGCUCCAUGAACGACUUACCCUUUAGAGAACCAGAACACACACGCUUUGUCGAUAAAAGACUCGCUUGUAUUGUUACAUAAUAGGAUAAAUAAUCUUGUCUCGACGGAGAAGCCUCCGUCGAACUGUUCACGACCAUGACACC